AUGUUCAAACCGUCACAGCCGAUGAUGGCGCGCUUGCGCCUGACCACCAAGCAGGUCAAUGGCGGAUACUACAAGGGUACCCGGACAGGCUCGAUGGGUUACUUCGACCCUAAGGGCAACUACGUGAUCGACUGGAAGAAAGUCCGCACCUACGUCGUCCCUGAAGGCUUGGACACUUUCAAGCUCACUCCUUUCGUCUCUAAACGCAUGGACUCGACACCCUCUGUGUACAAGAAGCAGAUUGAACGGAAUGGACGGACUUAUACAGUGAUCGACAGCAUGAAAGGCACUGAUUUCCUGGAUCAGUGGUACUCCAGCAAUCCCGAUGAGGUGCUGGCGCGCGAAACAGCCGAGCGGGAGGCCAUGGACGACUCGACAACCUCGAAGCAAUAG